GUUUCAGUUGCGCGCUAGUAGUCUAUUGCUAUGGAGACGGAUCAGGAAGAAUGUACAGCCGGCGUGAGUCCCGGGAACCGGGAGUGGGAGGAGCCAUGGAUUGUGGAACACCCACGGUUUAAGGAAAUGAUGGCUAUGGAUGUAGCAGACAGUGCACAAGUAUAUACAGCAUUUUUAGUAUAUAUGGAUCUUUUAGAAGUAAGAAACUGGCAUGAUGUGAAGAUUCAUGGCUCAUCAGAACUUCAUCUUAUCUACUUACACGGACUGGAGAAAGAAGGCUGUAUACCACAGUUGAUAAUACCGACUCCAGUAUCCAUGUCAUACAGUCAUGAGAGGAUUCAACAGUUUAUGAAACUGGAUUGCACCUCAGAUGAAGCACAAUCCAUAUCAAGUAUUCUUUUGGCUAUUGUUGAAUCUGAUUCCACCGUUGUUUACUACAAACUAACUGAUGGCUUUGUGAUACCAGAUCCACCGGAUUUUGUAGAGGACAUGGACAACAAACAGUGGAGGAAGAAAAGACUGAGACACUUAAGAUAGAAGAACCUUUCUAUAUUGUACAGGUGUUAUAUCAUGAUAUCGAUAUUACUCUAUGAGACUUCUAUAUGGCCUUAAUUACCCAUGUAUUGGGAAAAUUAAAUGUUAUAACAACACAUCUGGUGGCUGAAGUCAGUGAAAUAAUGAGACUACAGUUGAAGGUCCCUUAGACCUCCAGUUGGACAGAGCUAGCUGCGCCAUCAUUGACCCUUAGGACUGUUGUUAAAUUCUUUUGUAUAUGAUCAUUGUCAGAAAUAGGAGAGAAAUUCUUAUUUAUAUUUCUGUAGCUUUCUGGCCAAUAAUGUAUUUGGAACAAUCGGUGUACAGUUUCAAGUGUGGCAAUUUCCAUGACUGACAUGGAGUCAUUAGUAGUUUUAGGUACUAGAAGCUGCUGGCAUUACAUUUUUCAUACAUAUCCAGCAAGGUACCAGCUGAGGUUCACCCAUGCAGUGUGGCAUCACCAUGCACCAAUUUCACCCUUUAUAACUUUCCUCUACUUACACUUUUUGUAUGUUUCGCUUUGUUUGGUUGAAAUCUGCAAGUAGCGAUUCUGGCUUCUCUCCAGCAACAGUUCCAUUUAGCUGUUAUGUUAACGCAUACCAGCUAGUAAUGUUAUGGGUUAGAAUGUACAUUUUGGCAUAUCUGCCUCAGACCAAACUUACUGCAGAGGUUUAAAAGCCAAGCCUGGAAAAUACAGAAUUUUAUAGAUCUGUAAAGUUGAAUGAAUUUGUAAAUGAAGUGUAAAUAUAAAAGGCCACACUGAGGAUAUUAUCUAUGCCUACAAUCUAGCCAUACGUUCUGUUGGUGCCAAAACCUGUGUGCCUGGGAACAUUUUAGUUUGUUCAUGACUACAAGUUGGUCAAACAUGGCUGCUAUUUGAUGUAUCACAUGUACAUUUCUUUAUAUUUUAAUUCUUAAUAUGCCUUCAGUACUAACAAUGGGGGUGGGUAUACAAAUUAAACGGGCACAUUUUGUUCACUUCUCUGUAGUGAAAUUGACUAUCUGCAUUGUAUAGGUAUGGGUAUCACUUUACUGAAGAUGAUGUGACUUCAGUUGAGAAAUCUGUAGCUCUCAGUCAAGUCAGAACUGGUUACCUUGUUAUUGACCAAGCCUUUAGUUUAUUGGAGGCAUAAGUGGGCUCACCUUCUGCCCUCCUCCUUCCCAAAUGAGCCCUUAUAACCCUCUCCUUAUAAUAGUCUGAUGGAGCCCAUUAGGGACAUAAUAUUUGUAGAACUUAAAUUUGUGUGUAUAAAAUAUGGUCUUAUUUUAACUUUAACUAGUACUGCUUAUCUUCACAUACUGAUAGUAUCUACACUACAGUACUGAAAUAAUCUAUUUCUUAAUGUGGCUUUUCAUUCUUAUAAUAAUCUCUCUCAAGGCAGCCAGAAUUAACUACAAAGCAAUCUCUGCCUCCGCCCCGGAUUACAGCAUGAAAGUCUGUCUGUGUGAGAGAUCCAGCUGUAUUUUGUCAGGCAUUUUAAACAGCACAUGACACUGAUAUACUCUAAAUCUGUUUAUUUGCUGGGUUGUUUUACAAGAAUCUACUUUAAUAGUAGUAUUAAGAAUUGGCAUCCUAGUGUUUUAUAUAGUUGUAAUAUUUAUUAACUUGUAUAGUGAAUUAGAAACUUGCUAAGAACCCAGUGUAAUGUGCUGGUAAUGAAGAACCUGCACCCCCCCCUCCAACAAAUUUGCUCACAUGUAUGCUUUUUAUGUAUAGUUAUCUCUGUACACUAGUAACGCUCAUGGUCUAGCAUAGGAUGAUACCAGUGGCAAUGGCCACCACCUUCAUGUGUUCAGAGUUACAUUCAAUUAGAGACCUUUUUGGUGGAAAAAUAUAGGACUAAGAUCAAAACCAUGAAAUUACACUGGAAAGCAUCACAUUUGUCAAAGGAAAGUGUUCUUAACGGAUAAUAACAGAUACUAGUCAGGAAUAUAUUCUCCCCUGGAAAAUUGAUUCCAGUGUCACCUUGGCUAUAUGGGGGGGGCAUAAAGCUGUAUCAGUUAAAGUGUAUUACAUACUGCAAUCUCUAUUCUUCUGGACUCUAGGUAUUUGAAAACAUUUUCUCGCCCACGUGGCACAGGUGAUCUCAUGUGGGUGACAAACGAAUACAGUGCUUUGCUACUAAAGUAUUCACCCUCCUUGGCA